CUGUUGGCGGCGGUUGGAAAUUAGUCCGAGCCGAGCUUGCGAAGGGGAGAGGUUGUGCUGCCUGCUGAGCCUUGUAGGAGCUGCGCGCUAAUUACGUCCAUUGAAAAUGGCUGACCAACUGACAGAAGAGCAGAUUGCAGAGUUCAAAGAAGCUUUCUCACUAUUUGACAAGGACGGCGAUGGCACCAUCACAACAAAGGAGUUGGGCACAGUGAUGCGGUCGCUUGGGCAGAACCCCACAGAAGCAGAGCUGCAGGACAUGAUCAAUGAAGUAGAUGCAGAUGGUAAUGGAACAAUCGACUUCCCUGAAUUUUUGACUAUGAUGGCUAGAAAAAUGAAAGACACAGAUAGUGAAGAAGAAAUCCGAGAAGCAUUCCGUGUGUUUGACAAGGAUGGAAAUGGCUACAUCAGUGCUGCUGAGCUCCGUCAUGUUAUGACAAAUCUUGGUGAGAAGUUAACGGACGAAGAGGUUGAUGAAAUGAUCAGGGAAGCAGAUAUUGAUGGAGAUGGUCAAGUAAAUUAUGAAGAGUUUGUACAAAUGAUGACGGCAAAGUGAAGACUGUACAGAAUGUGUUAAAUUUCUUGUACAAAGAUGUUUAUUUGCCUUGCUUUGUUUGUAACUUAUCUGUAAAAGGUUCCCCCUUACUGUCAGAAAUGCAUGUAUAGUAAUUUAGAAUUCCAUUCAUGUUUCCCAUAUUACUGUCACUGUCUUUUUAUUUGAAUUUUUUUUUUUCUUCUUUCUUUGGUUUCCAUGAAAAGUUGAAUAAGUAACCAAUGCUGCAUGUGGCUAUCUCGGGAUUUUUAGCAAAGCCCUUUGUGCACAUGAAGAGCCUGAUGAAUUUGGUGGAAGGGAACAUCUGAGCUCUGCAAAUGGUUUUUAUUUUUUUGUUUCGUUUUUUAUAUUAAUCUCUUCCUCCCCCUCAAGCUGGAUUUCUUCAAGUAACUCGUCUGCUUGUUGGAAUGUGGAGUAAACAACUCUAAACUACAGAUAGUUAACAAUAUUGAACUUGUGUUGCACUAAUGCAAAGCUGGUCAACCCAGAUCCAUGUCUCGUUCUUUCCACCCUCCCUGACCUCCCCACCACGGCUCUUCUCCAGACCUGGGACACCAUCAUGCUUUCUUACCUUUUUUUUUUUUUUUUCUUCUUUCUUUGAAUCUCACAAGGGGUCUGCAUAGCAUUAACCAGCAGUGAAUUGUAAGAUCCUUCACCAGUUAAAGGUUUACUUUGGUUUAGCCACUUUUCAGAAGAACCUGCUUAUGGCACAAUUUGCCUCAAAUCCAUUCCAAGUUGUAUAUUUGUUUUCCAAUAAAAAAAACAAGUCUGUC